AUGACAUUCCUCAUCAUUCGUAAGACAGUGAGCAUCUUUCCUGGCUUGCUAAAUCAGGUUUGCACUGAUUUUCUUGUAUCUGAAUUACAGGAAGAAGGAAUAAAUGCCAUUAACUUACCUCUCAGUCCAAUUCCAUUCGAAUUAGACCCUGAGGAUACUAUGCUAGAGGAAAAUGAAGUCCGAACAAUGAUUGAUCCAAAUUCAAGAAAUGACCCAAAAUUACAAGAACUAAUGAAGGUAUUAAUUGACUGGAUUAAUGAUGUGUUGGUAGGAGAGAGGAUUAUUGUGAAAGACUUGGCUGAAGACCUGUAUGAUGGACAAGUAUUGCAGAAAUUAUUUGAGAAACUUGAAAGUGAGAAGCUGAAUGUUGCUGAAGUUACUCAGUCUGAAAUUGCUCAGAAACAGAAGCUACAGACAGUACUUGAAAAGAUCAAUGAAACCCUUAAACUUCCUCCAAGAAGCAUUAAAUGGAAUGUUGACUCUGUUCAUGCUAAAAGUCUCGUAGCAAUACUUCAUCUUCUGGUUGCAUUAUCACAGUAUUUUCGGGCACCAAUCAGACUCCCAGAUCAUGUGUCCAUUCAGGUGGUUGUUGUGCAGAAAAGAGAAGGAAUCCUCCAGUCUCGACAAAUCCAAGAGGAAAUAACUGGUAACACUGAGGCAUUAUCAGGAAGGCAUGAAAGGGAUGCAUUUGAUACUUUAUUUGACCAUGCUCCAGACAAGCUCAAUGUAGUGAAAAAGACUCUCAUCACCUUUGUGAACAAGCAUCUCAAUAAAUUGAACUUGGAGGUCACUGAACUGGAGACCCAGUUUGCAGAUGGUGUGUACUUAGUCCUGCUAAUGGGUCUCCUAGAAGGUUAUUUUGUUCCUCUGCACAGCUUUUUCUUAACUCCUGAUAGUUUUGAACAAAAGGUCCUCAAUGUAUCCUUUGCUUUUGAGUUAAUGCAAGACGGUGGAUUGGAAAAACCAAAGCCAAGACCAGAAGAUAUUGUAAAUUGUGACUUGAAGUCUACACUGAGAGUACUAUACAAUUUGUUUACCAAAUACAGGAAUGUGGAGUGA